GCGGCCACAAAUCUUCCGUUUCACUCCGGCCCAGCCUCCGCGCGGUGCGAAGAGGAAACAGCACGCUUCACAGCACGCGGCUGCGUGGUCCGGCGACUCCCGAAAUAGGCUGCCCCCCGCGCGGGGCGGACCAAGCCCAUCGACGUGCUUUUAGUAUGCUGCGCGCGUGCGAACCGCCCGCACCCUUCUGCGCUCCUAGUACAAUAAUCGUAAACACGCGAACAUUCAUAUUAGUAACAAUAAAAAAAACGCGCUAUGCUGUAGAUGACCAUGGUGACCAUACUAGCCAACCCGAAAUGGAGUGAAGACUUGACCAUACAAAUGAUAAUCGAAUACGAAAAACGCGAGUAUCUAUGGAAUCCUGUAUCGGAACACUACAAGAAUAAGAAAAUAAGGGAGCAAGGAUACGUGGAGAUUAUAAAUGCGUUAAAUCUAGUCGACGUUACAGUAAAAGAAUUGAAAAAUAAGAUAAAAAAUAUACGGUCCUCGUACAGCGUCGAAUUGAAGAAGAUUCGCGCGGCGCGGAAGGCUGGCGCGCAUGCGUACCGGCCGAGCGUCACGUGGUUCGAACACGCAGACAGGUUUCUGCGGGCGAUCGUCACUCCGAGCUCCGUGGACAAUAGUUUGCUCGAGAUACCGGCGGCGAGUGACGACAGCGACGUCGUGCAGGAUUUGAGUGAGCGAAAGUCUCCGGAGAAGAAAAGUCCGCGUAAACGACGCAGUUCGACGCGGUCGUCGACGCCUUACGUGCUAAACACGCCGUCGCCGCGCCCUAGCACGCCGUUCGGAUUGAACCAGACGUCGGGCGCUUUCGGAAUCCUGCCAGCGUCGACGUCCGCGCCAUUUCUCAACCCCCCCGUGGGGAUCGCGACGCCGCUCACUGCCUCGCUCGCCACCAUUUAUCCGGUGCCCGCAAAACAAAAGAAAAAGGACUACGAUGAUCGAAACGGGGAUAACUCGGACACGCCGCAAGACUUGAGCCAGCACUCCCCUUCGGAAAAUGGAAAUGAGAAUGAGUUUGAGAUGUUCGGGAAACUUAUUGCCAGCCAGCUUAGGAAGCUGCCUUUGAGUUUGGCUUUGGAUACACAGUUGAAGAUACAGACGUUGGUGAAUGCAGCGAGGAUCCAAGCGGUCUAUCAGCAGUACAGUUAUGCUGGGCCAUCGCAAGAGGCAUUGUCUGUCCAGGCGUUGUCUAAUGGCAUACUGGCAAGUAUGGCCACGCAAAGCUCUUACGCUUCUCGAGGCAUCACAGAUUCCCCUGAAGAUAUGAGCAGAGAUAUGAAGAUAGACUACUCUAUAGGGUCCGAGGCAGAAGACUAAGGUAGACCAAGAGACACGUAUCGCUCGUAUAAUAAUGACCUCGAAAUACCUCUGACUGCUGCAGUCAUACGACUGACGGCAGUUAAUGUUUGCUCAUAGCAGUUUAGAAUCUUUAUAAAUGUAUCAUCGAUGUUAAAAAUUUGAUGUCAUAGAUGUUUAGAUAGAUAUUGCAGCAACUACUUUAUCCUGGCAGGAUUUAGUACCAGAUUUUAAAAGUACAAAGUGAAAGAUGAGCUCAGGUAUUAAGAGUAUUUACUCUCUUAUUUUGGAGAACUAGUCAGUAAAUGGAUAAAUGUUUUGAUGUUUUAGAUCUCGAUGUUUUCGGCUGUGGUAGAUUAUUUUUUAUUUUAUAAAACUUUUUUUAAAGACAAAAGUCCAUAAUGUAAUUCCUCGACAUUUGUUUAGACUGAUGACUUUUCAAAUUGUGUAUCUCUUGACUUACGAAUUUAUGUGUGAUAGAAUUUCUAUUGUAGUAAAUGGUGUUAUAAAUGUGAUUAUUAUAAAAUAAGAUAAAUUGCAUGAUUACCUCAAGAUAUAGGGCAUGGUAGGGCAGAGUGGUCCGGUAUAUUUUGUCUGUUAAUUAAUGUGCCAGAACUAGAUUU